GACCUCACCUCCAAGGUCAUGGCGGAAAUGAGGAAGAUGUAUCACCUACGACAUAACAAUAUUGAGACGUUCAUAGGCGCCUGUGUUGACACUGGCAACAUCGCAGUGAUGUCAGAAAUAUGCCCCAGAGGAAGCCUCAUGGACAUCAUUGCCAACGACAGCAUCGAGUUGGACUGGUCAUUUCGGCACUCACUCAUCAAUGACGUUGUGCAGGGUAUGAAGUAUUUACACAACAGCGAAAUCGGCGCGCACGGUCAACUACGGAGCUCCAACUGUGUCGUAGACAGUCGCUUCAUGCUCAAGAUCAAAGGCUUUGGUCCGAAAUGCUUUCAGGAGUUGGAGCACAAGAACAUGAAUGCCUCGCUCGCCAAUCCCUCCAAGUUCCUAUGGACGGCCCCUGAGCUGCUGCGCCACGCCGGCUGGACUUCCGGUACGCGAGAGGGAGACGUCUACAGCUUUGCCAUCAUCCUGCAGGAAAUCGUAGUCCGAGGAGCACCGUAUGAAUCCUCAGAUCUGUCUGUAGUAGAGAUACUGGACAGGGUCCGGCAUCCGACGGUGCCUCCGUUCCGCCCGACGUUCCUCGUCACGCCUGACUGCGCACCGGGACUCGUGGACCUAAUGGAGGCCUGCUGGGCGGAGGAGCGCACCAAGCGGCCAACAUUCGACAGCGUAGACGCCAGUCUGAAGCGCAUCCUCAAGUCGAAGGGCAGCAACAUCAUGGAUAACCUGAUGCGCCGGAUGGAGCAGUACGCGAACAAUCUGGAGUCGCUGGUAGAGGAGAGGACGAACGCCUAUGUGGAGGAAAAAAAGAGGGCCGAGGAUCUGCUGUACAGGAUGCUCCCAGUGUCCGUCGCUAGGCAACUGCAGACCGGAAACCAGGUGGAGCCGGAAACCUUCGACAUGGCGACCAUUUACUUCAGCGACAUUGUUGGCUUUACCACCAUCGCGGGCCGCAGCAACCCUAUGGAAGUCGUAAAUCUACUCAACGACCUCUACACAACAUUUGACGCCAUCAUCAACAAUUUCCAUGUCUACAAGGUUGAGACGAUUGGUGACGCGUACAUGGUUGCCUCGGGUCUGCCGAUCCGGAUAGGCAACAAACACGUCACGGAGAUAUCUAACAUGGCGCUGGCUAUCCGAAAGAGUGUUGAGGUCUUCAAAAUACGUCACUUCCCUAACGAACCCAUGCGCAUCCGAAUAGGGCUACACUCAGGCGGUGUUGUAGCAGGUGUGGUGGGACUUACAAUGCCCCGGUAUUGCUUGUUUGGAGACACGGUCAAUACAGCCAGUCGAAUGGAAUCGAACGGAGAAGCCAUGAAAAUCCACAUAUCUGAGCCAACCAUGAAACUCUUGGACAAGACUGGAAACUACGAAAUAGAGCUACGAGGAAGCACGGACAUAAAGGGUAAAGGCACAAUGAAAACCUAUUGGCUGGUUGGUCUAAAAAACCCAGUAGUCGCAGAAAUAUGUCCUUCAAAUAAUGCUGCCUUGACUGACAAUAAGCCUCGGCCAUCCUCGGGCAACCGUCGAAAGAGUAUCCCUGGAAACCAUAAAUCUAAGAUUAAGCUUCAUAAUCAAAACAGCGCGGACAUCGAAAAUGCAUCAAUACCCGGAUGCGUUCAGAAUCAUGUCAUCGAAACGAAAAUCGACAACAGCCCCAAUAGUGUGGAAUGUAACCCCCAGGACUCAUCACAUGACCCGUUCAAGGUCGUUUUAGAGACGCACAGGUUCGCGCGCAUAUUCUCGCAUCAACUCGGCGAGCCAAAGACGAACGAGUUGGUUGGUGACCAUGUGCGUGCAAUGACUGACGGACUUUCAACAACCCCUGUUACAGAUGCAUAG